AUGGCGAGCCGAUACAGGGGUUCGUGGAUGGGGCUGUCCCCGGUCGUCGACCCCGACAUAUGGCUUAGCACCGUUGCUGGCCGGUACACGACCGCCGUGCGCCAGGGAACGGACUCGGAGGCGCGAGAUCGUGUUCGCGGCGGAAGUGCGCGCCGAGAGAGCGGAGGCCGUGACCUACCGCACGCGGUGCCGGCGCUGCAGCGGCGACGA